UCAGGGGACAUGACAGGAGCCUAUCACAGCAGUUACAUGAGCAUCCAGACCUGAGCACGUUUGCUGAGAAUUUCUUGUUAAGAAACGUUGCUUUGGUACUCCUUCUCUCACUCACUGGGAAUCUCUGAGGAUUUCAGCUUCUCUCUCUCUUUCUCCUAUAGCCAGUGAAGAGUUCAACAUCAACAGAACAUCACAGCAUGCAGCUACCUGGAGGGUGUUGAUUGAAAACUUAGAUUGUCCCUAAAUCAGUGCUGAUUUGACUGAUGCCUCAGCUCUAUCGGAGAAAAGAUUUCAAUUAAGGUCCCUUUAGAUGGAAUUUAAUGCGGCAAAAACCUUGUCAUCAGAAGGAUUAAUGUCUGCAUUAGCAUUUCCGCAAUAAAAUCAGAAGCUAAGUGGUGGAGGCCACAGACACCUCAAACCUGGAUUCUACGGCUCAGCAUUAAGUGCUGGAGUUUUUAUUACUUGCAGUAGGGAAGCCUUUGCCAAUGCUUACAAGGAACUGCUUAUCCCUUCUUCUUUGGGUCCUGUUUGAUGGAGGUCUCCUAACGCCACUGCAGCCACAACCACAGCAGACUUUAGAAGCCGAGCCAAGAGAAAAUGUUGUCACAAUGCCAGGGAGGAGGUCAUCCGCCCAGCGAGUCAAACGAGGCUGGGUAUGGAAUCAGUUUUUUGUGCUGGAGGAAUACAUGGGCUCCGAACCUCAGUAUGUGGGAAAGCUUCAUUCUGACUUGGACAAGGGAGUGGGCACUGUUAAAUACACCCUCUCAGGAGAUGGAGCUGGCACAGUUUUUACUAUUGAUGAGACCACAGGGGAUAUACAUGCCAUAAGGAGCCUUGAUCGAGAAGAAAAGCCUUUCUACACACUCCGUGCUCAGGCCGUGGAUAUAGAUACCAAGAAACCACUGGAGCCUGAAUCAGAGUUCAUCAUCAAAGUGCAGGACAUUAAUGAUAAUGAGCCAAAGUUCCUGGAUGGACCCUAUGUUGCCAGUGUCCCAGAAAUGUCUCCAGUGGGUGCUUAUGUGCUUCAAGUCAAAGCUACAGAUGCUGAUGAUCCCACAUAUGGAAACAGUGCCAGAGUGGUUUACAGCAUACUUCAGGGGCAACCAUAUUUCUCCAUUGAUCCUAAGACAGGUGUAAUAAGAACAGCUUUGCCAAACAUGGAUCGGGAGGUUAAAGAACAGUAUCAAGUACUGAUCCAAGCCAAGGACAUGGGAGGACAGCUGGGAGGACUAGCUGGCACUACCACUGUAAACAUCACUCUCACGGAUGUAAAUGACAACCCGCCCCGGUUUCCGAAGAGUAUAUUCCAUUUGAAAGUUCCUGAGUCCUCACCUGUUGGUUCAGCUAUUGGGAGAAUCAGAGCUGUGGAUCCUGAUUUUGGGGAAAAUGCUGAAAUUGAAUACAACAUUGUUCCAGGAGAUGGAGGAAACUUGUUUGACAUCACCACGGAUGAGAACACACAGGAAGGGGUUAUCAAAUUGAAAAAGCCAUUGGACUUUGAAACAAAAAAGGCAUACACCUUUAAAGUAGAGGCCUCCAAUCUCCAUCUUGACCAUCGAUUUCAUUCUGUGGGUCCAUUCAAAGAUACUGCUACCGUGAAGAUCAAUGUGUUGGACGUGGAUGAACCUCCCAUUUUCAGCAAACCUAUGUACACCAUGGAGGUUUAUGAGGAUACACCUGUUGGGACUAUUAUAGGUGCUGUAACUGCACAGGACCUUGAUGUGGGCAGCAGUUCUGUUAAGUACUUCAUAGAUUGGAAGAGUGAUGUGGACAGCUACUUUACAAUAGAUGCAACUGAAGGAACUAUUGCAACUAAUGAAUUAUUGGACAGAGAAAGCACUGCCCAGUAUAAUUUCUCUAUAAUUGCAAGUAAAGUUAGUAAUCCGCUAUUAGCCAGCAAGGUCAACGUUAUAAUAAAUGUCUUGGAUGUCAACGAAUUUCCUCCAGAAAUUUCAGUGCCAUAUGAAACAUCUGUAUGUGAAAAUGCAAAACCAGGACAGGUAAUUCAAACUGUCAGUGCUGCAGACAAAGAUUUGUCACCGGCUGGGCAAAGGUUUUCAUUUAGAUUGUCACCAGAGGCUUCCACCAAACCAAAUUUCACAGUCCAUGACUACAGAAACAACACAGCUGGAAUUGAAACCAGGAGAAGUGGUUACAGCCGUAGGCAGCAGGAGUUGUAUUUCCUCCCAGUUGUGAUAGAAGACAGUAGCUAUCCUGUACAGAGCAGCACAAACACAAUGACUAUCCGGGUUUGCAGAUGUGAUUCUGAUGGUACCAUUCUAUCCUGCAAUGUUGAAGCAAUCUUCCUACCAGUAGGCCUCAGCACUGGGGCUUUGAUUGCAAUCUUGCUAUGUAUUGUUAUACUCCUAGUUAUUGUUGUGCUAUACGUAGCAUUGAGAAGGCAAAAGAAAAAAGACACCCUGAUGACCUCUAAAGAAGACAUCAGAGACAAUGUCAUCCAUUAUGAUGAUGAAGGAGGUGGAGAAGAGGACACCCAGGCUUUCGACAUUGGCGCAUUGAGGAAUCCAAAAGUGAUUGAAGAUAAUAAAAUACGCAGGGAUAUAAAACCAGAUACUCUAUGUUUCCCACGUCAAAGACCACCAGUGGAAGAUAACAGAGACAUAAGAGAUUUCAUAAAUCAAAGGCUGCAGGAAAAUGAUGUAGAUCCCGCUGCACCCCCUUAUGACUCACUGGCUACCUAUGCCUAUGAAGGAAAUGGAUCUGUAGCAGAGUCUCUCAGUUCUAUAGAUUCACUUACGACAGAGGCAGACCAGGAUUAUGACUACUUGAGUGACUGGGGACCGCGGUUUAAAGUCUUGGCAGAGAUGUUUGGAGAAGAAGAAAGUUAUAAUCCUGAUAAAGUCACCUAGGGGGAAAAACACAAAACAAAAGAAAAGUAAAAGAAAAGCAAAUGAACCAGAAAUUAAAAACAAAAACCAAGCUUUAUAGAACAAAAAUUGUUUGUUUAUAAAAGACAGCAACUGUUUUCAGCAAGUUACUAUAUCAUACUGUCAAUUUUGGUUUGUUCUGCAAAGAGAGGAUACAAUCUGUAAUAUAUACUUUUCUGUUGUUGUUGUUUUGUUACUUUGGAAUCACACUGAGACAAACUCAGGCCUAUUAGCUACAAUUUACUGACAUGACAACUUAGAAAGAAGAUAGCUUUCUGGCAUCAUGGUGGAAGUGUGGUAGAGUUUUCUAAAUUCCACUAAAGUGCCUAUUGAAACUUUAAUCAUUUACAAUGGUAAAGACUCUACUGGGAGGGUGUUACAGAACUGAGUGGUAAUCUGGACAUAAAGGACAUUAACUUUAUGUCAAGAAGCAAUAGCAACAUGCUGACUCCUAAUUCUUUUAAAACAAAAGUGAAAAUGACUUCCUGGAACACAUCUGAUGAUGACAGCUCAAAGAAAUUGUGUUUUUCUUUUCUUUUUUUCUCUCUGCUUUUCUUUUCUUUUAAGAAUAAUUGUAUGCCAAGACAUCACAUUUUUUCUGCCCACCUUUAAUGGCAAAUUUGAAUUUAAAAAUGCUAUUUUUCAGUUUUAAGAUUCAAAGCCCAAAAUUUUAAAAAAGUUUGAUCUUGACAUAAUUCAA